AUGAGAUUCCCAUCCAGCUAUUACGGUGGCAUUAGCCCCAGUCAGCUUUUUGGACGAGGCGACGUAUGCACCGAGGCCUUUCCCAACGGAGGCGCCUAUUCCAAGACAUGCACACCAGGCAACACCACCUGCUGUUAUCGCAAAGGACAAAACUUCCCCCGCUGCGUCGACGGCGGAGGAAAAGGGUGGUGUUGUGAGGGAACCGGCUCCAGUAAUUGCUUCGUCGACCAAGCCUCCGCCUGCGACGAGCCCAACGCGGUAGUCUGCACCAACCUCGCUCGCGGCGCCAAGAAAGCUUGCUGCCCAAGUAAGAGCAAGUGCGACGAUGACUUCAAGGCGAGCGAGCUUGACGUGCGAUGCAGGAUGGAGUUUGAUAAUUUGGUGAAGUUGGCAGCUGGGAAGGUGGGGCUAGAGCUGCCGUCGACGGAGAGCGUUACGGUGUCAGCGACGGGCGGUUCGAUGACGGCGAAUGACCAGACGUCCCGCAGUCCGAUGGCGUCGUCUUCUGGGGGCGAGACGGGGAUGACCUCGGGCGCGUCCUCGUCAACACCCACGCCAUCUUCAGCGUCCCUUACGUCAGGCUUGCCAACGGGCGUGGUCGCGCUCCCCUCCGCCUCUGCCUCCACCUCCGCCUCCGCUUCCAGCCUCCCCUCGAGCACACCCUCAGACACCAAUGCAACUGGUGUAACCUCCUUUUGGAGAUCCAAAAGUGCCAUAGCCAGUGUAACGCUCUGUAUCCUCCUCUUCUCGGCUUUCAUCGCCCUCCUUGUCUUCGGUCUCCGCCGCCAGCGCAAGAAGGCGGCAGCAAUACGGGCAAUGACCCAACUGCCACGAGGUGCAUAUAUCCCCGAGCGUCCUGGGUAUUUGCCUCUUGAGACUGAACAAAAUGCAGCAGAAAUGAGUUCGACUCCUGCCCAAGACCGCCAGCGACAACGGGAGGUGGAGCAGCGCGAUGGCGAAAUGAGGCCGCCGUCGUAUUAUGCCGCUUGUCCGAAAGGGCAGCCGCCGGGGCGGGACGGGGAGCAGGAGGACGAGGACGAGCUCGUGGAGCUGGAUGAUACGCAGGUCAAGUCGGUUCUGAACGGGGAGGGGCCGUGAGCAGGUAUCGAGGCGAGGGAGGGAUGUCGGCGACGGGACCCUGUGGUGCGGUUAUUUCGCGCUCGAAUGGAGGACGCGAUCGAGGAACGGAGACAUGUGCAGACGGCGUGAUGGGAAGGCAGACGGCCAAGAGCCCUGCAGGCUCAGGGCACGGAUUGGCAACAAGUAUGGGUUGACAUUGUGCGCGGAUGGGAUCGCGGGUUAUUUGGCUGGCGGGUUGUCGGAUUACGCAAACUUGGCGCCGAGAAG